GCGGGACUGGCGGGCGGGCGGGCGGCCGGGAGCGGCGGCGGCGGCGCCUGACAGACAAUGAGGGCGGCGGGGCGGCGCUGAGCGGCGGCAGCGGCGGCGAGCGACGCGGGGCCCGGGGGCGGGGCGGGGCGCCAGCCAUGGACAAUCAGUGUACGGUCCAGGUCAAGUUAGAGCUGGGACAUCGAGCCCAACUGAGGAAGAAGCCCACCAUGGAGGGGUUCACUCAUGACUGGAUGGUGUUUGUCCGUGGCCCGGAGCAAUGUGAGAUCCAGCACUUCGUGGAGAAGGUGGUCUUCCGGCUGCACGACAGCUUCCCCAAGCCCAAGCGUGUGUGCAAGGAGCCCCCCUACAAAGUGGAAGAGUCUGGUUAUGCUGGCUUCAUCAUGCCCAUCGAGGUGUACUUCAAAAACAAGGAGGAGCCUCGCAAGGUUUGCUUCACCUAUGACCUGUUCUUGAACCUGGAGGGCAACCCACCUGUCAACCAUCUGCGCUGUGAGAAGCUCACCUUCAACAACCCCACCAUUGACUUCCGGUACAAGCUGUUGAUGGCUGGAGGGGUGAUGGUAAUGCCCGAAGGAGCAGAAACGGUGUCCAGGCCCAGUCCUGACUACCCCAUGUUACCCACAAUUCCACUCUCUGCCUUCUCUGACCCCAAGAAGAUCAAACCGUCCCACGGCUCCAAGGAUGCCAGCAGGGAGAACAGCAAGGCUUGCAAGGCCCACAAGGCAACUAAGGAACACCGAGAGCGGCUGCGCAAGGACUCAGAGAGCAAGGGCCCUUCCAAGGAGCCAGAGCGCGAGCAGGCCAGGAGUACCAAGGACGCCUCUCGGAAGCUGGGCGAGGGCCGGCCACCCAAGGAGGAGAAGGCACCGCCACCCAAGGCUGCGUUCAAGGAGCCCAAGAUGGCCCUGAAGGAGACCAAACUAGAAAGCAUGUCCCCAAAGGGGGGAGCCCCGCCUAAGUCUUCCAGCAAGCGGCCGGCUGCGGCCGACUCGCCCAAGCCCAGCGCCAAAAAGCAGAAGAAGAGCAGUUCUAAGGGGUCCAGGAGUGCCCCUGGCACCUCGCCCCGCACCUCGUCUUCCUCCUUCUCAGACAAAAAACCGGCCAAGGACAAGGGCAGCACCAAAGGGGAGAAAGUCAAGGCCGAAAGCGAGUCCAGGGAGAUAAAAAAGCCUCCAGAGGUAGAGGAGUCCAACUCGGAGGAUGAGGCCUCCUUCAAGACAGAGUCCGCCCAGUCAAGCCCAUCCAACUCCAGCUCCAGCUCCGACUCCAGUUCGGAUUCGGAUUUUGAGCCAUCUCAGAACCACAGUCAAGGACCCCUGCGCUCCAUGGUGGAGGACCUGCAGUCCGAGGAAUCUGAUGAGGAUGACUCUUCGUCAGGCGAGGAGGCCUCCGGCAAGACAAAUGCAGGGAGGGAUUCCAGGUUGAGCUUCAGUGACAGCGAGAGUGAUAACAGCGCCGACUCCUGCCUGCCCGGCCGCGAGCCCCCUCCCCCGCAGAAGCCCCCUCCGCCCAGCAGCAAGGCAUCAGGCCGGAGGAGCCCGGAGUCCUGCAGCAAGCCUGAGAAGAUCCUCAAGAAGGGCACCUACGACAAGGCCUACACGGACGAGCUGGUGGAGCUGCACCGGAGGUUGAUGGCCCUGCGGGAGCGCAACGUGCUGCAACAGAUUGUGAACCUGAUCGAGGAGACCGGCCACUUCAAUGUAACUAACACCACCUUCGACUUCGACCUCUUCUCCCUGGAUGAGACCACCGUGCGCAAGCUGCAGAGCUACCUGGAGGCGGUGGCCACAUGACCCUGGGCCGGGUGCCGGACCCCUGUUGCCGGGGUCCCGGGAGGCCAUGUUCAGGCCCCGCCCUCCUUCCUCUCUCGACUCGCCCACCCGCAGCACUGCCUUAGUGACCGCCCUGUCCUUGGCCCACACGGCCAGCUGCACUUUUCCUCGUUGGCUCCCGACCCACCCUCCCCACCACCUCAUUGUCGGGAGCCGUGGGCUAAGGGGGGCCAAGCCAGCGCUGCUGUUCUCUGCCACUCAGGUGCCAUCACCUGGCCCCCCUUGGAAGGUGGCUUAUGUGUUGAAGGCAGCGCCUGGUGGUGAGGGCCUUCUUGCCUGGCCUUGGACAUCCCCCCAGCCCCUCACCCUGCUCCCUAGCCGGGCGUGUGGCACAGGCUCACUGCCCAGUCUUUCUGAGCAGCCAGGCUCCACCUCCAGCCUCUUCAAACGGUUCAGAACACAGCCUCUGCACCCCAGGACCUCAGAGGGCUCCAGCUGUGUGUUUGCAGCCAGCUGCGCCAGGCCUGGCCUUGACUUGUCCUUGUGGAAGCAGGACCUGUCCCCUCUGUCGGCGCCCACUGUGCCGGGGCUCCAUGCUGUAUAGUUCUCUCUAUAUUAUAUAUAUAUGUAUGCACUGUAGGUACCAGGGAGGUUUCUGGGUGUGCGUUUCCGUGGCAGCAAUGCACGUUGGGGGGUGGGGGGGUCAGUAAGGUGGGACUUUUAGGUUAAGAUGUCUCCACUGGUCUUGUUAGGCUGGAGGCCCAGCUGGCACUCGGCAGGCUCGGGGACGAAUUCUCCCUCUGUGGUUCCAAGGAUGCCUCGUUGUCCUCCAGGGGCUGGGACGGCACAGCUUCAGGCCAGUGAACACUACGGUGGGCGGCAGGUCCCCAGGCGCACUCGGGCACUGGGUCAGGUAGUGGCUGUCUCUGGAGCAGGCGUCCCAGGCUCCCGAGGGGCCCGGCCUUGACCUGUGCCCGCGCAGCCCCGGGACUCAUCAUCCUCCACCUUCCACAGGAUCCUCUUCCCUCCCUUUCGUUGAUUGAGUCUUCGAACUUUGAAAAAAUGAGCUUUUGCCAAAUAAGACGGGAUAAUUUGUGGAGUUUUUCGGGGCGCUCAGAGCCAACCCUUUGUGCCUGGGCCCCGGCCAGCAGCAGGCCUGACUCGGUUGGGUGACCGGACCCUCCCAGGCACUCUGUCUGGUUUUGGCCUGGCUCUCCCACCCUUGGUUCACAGGUUCAGAGCCCAGAGACUUAACUCCUCGCACGCCUGAGAUGCUCCACGGCCACGCCGCCGCCUCUUCCUCCCGCCUGCCUGCCCUCUGGGGCCAGAAUGCCCAUAUGGAGUGAGCCCACCUUGGGUGGGUUCCUGGGAACUGGGGGUCUGUGUGCUCAGCCCCUGUUCCCCAAACCUUGACUCAAGGCUCUCCAGUCCCCCCUCGCCCCCAUCUUUUGCCCUGAAGGAGAUGCGGGAAACAGGACUGGGAGCCCUGAGGUGGACUGACUUCUCCAGAUGUCAGACGACGUCCUCGUCCCCCGAGGUGAUGAGCUCCAAUGUGGAGCUCCACGUCUCUUUCCUCGCGGUUCCUGACGCGCGCGUCCCUGCUGCGAUGCCGUCCGUGGCAGACCCUGAACACUCCCUGGGGAGCCCCCUCUCCAAGACUUCCCAAGCACCAGCCUUCCUGUGAGAUCCCCAGGACCCUCGGGAAGGCCUGAGAACUUUCAGAGGAAACUGCUGUGACUCCUCAACCAUCUGCGUUGAUUCUCUCCUGACCCCACUUCCUUGAGGUUACUAGGAAGCGGGCAGGCCUAUGUGGCAGGCUUGUGCUGUCACUGUCCCCCUUCCCCAGGCAGGCCAACAAUACUCCAAAGUGGGGCUCCCUUCUUCUCUGGAAACUCUCUGAGACAUUGGACAGAAGGAACUGACCUGGCGCGGGCACAGAGGCCACCAAGGGGUCUCAGGCAGAGCCUCAGCCUAAGGGCGCUGGUUUUUCUGCUUCACGAGGAUCUCCUGGGAAGGGCCACAGGUCCUCCUGAGCUCCAUGCAGCCGCGUGGACAGCCCUCUGGAUCAAGGAUCCCCUGGAGGCAGCUGCAGCAAGGCCAGGCUACCCAACCUGUUGUCAGUGGCAGCUGCCUUCUCACCAUUCGGGCUGUUUCCAGGGCCUUCAGAAACACCGACCCCUUUCUCAGUUACCUCCUCUGGCCAGAAGGCCCCAGCACUGUCCUCUGGAGCUGCUCUGGGCCCAGUGUCGGCCCCUGACCACCUCAUCAAUAUGCCAGGUAGCUGGGCCCCCCACUGCAGCGUUUGCAGCUGCUCCCCCACCUCACGCCCGCUGCCCGGCAGCUGGGCCAGUGAGGGCUCUGGGGACACUUCCAUAGGAAGGGACCGGCACUUUGUGAUUGCCGUGUGUUUAGUGUUAAGCCCCCUGCCCCCAGUGCAGAUCCCUGUGUUUUGCUAUCUCCUGAACAAAAUGUAAACCAACAUCCGAAAGCAAAGGUAUUGAAUACCUUUUUUACCCAUAAGGGUUUUUACAAAGAAUGUGUCUCACUAGGAACUAGGACACUCACUGGCCCGAGACCAACUCCUGGAUAAAAGGAAUAAGGAGAAUCGUGUUUGUAAUAAGUUACAGGAUUGUUUUUGUCCUGGAUUUUAAACUUUUUGUUAAAUUGUGAAAUUAUGGAGGAGUUUUAUAGAAAAAAGUGAAAUAAAGUCAGACGGGAAA